AUGGGAUCUCCGUACUUCUAUCUAGAAUUCCUUAUAUCAUGGGCCUUUAAGCUUCGAUCUUCAGGUUUCAAGAACCCAGCCGUCUUUGCUCUUGACUACACAUUGGUACCCGACGCCAAGUUCCCCACCCAACUAAACGAGGCACACAAAGGGUACCAAGUUGUACACCAGCUUGCCCCGGCUGCGGAAAUAGUUGUCUGUGGCGACAGUGCCGGAGGGAAUAUUGCCCUCAGUUUACUAUUACACCUAGCAAGGCCACGGAAAGACAGCGGAACCGGGGAAGCUUCCUACCUCAGACGGCCCAGUUACGCGACUCUUAUAUCUCCGUGGACUGUCCUUGUGUCAUCCCAGAAUAAGAACACUGAAAACGACUUUUUGGACGCCAACCAAUUGCACAAGUUCGGGGUAUCUUAUGCAAAUGGUGGGGAUGUGAACGACCCUUACAAGUCGCCGGGGUUAUGCCAGGACAUGGGCUGGUGGGAGGAAGCCCUACCCGUACAUGGGAUACACAUGGUCUACGGGAGUCAGGAGGUUUUUACAAGUGAAAUCAAAUCCCUUGUUUCCAAAUUCGAAAAGAUCAAAUCUGUCAGACUCCGGGUUACAGAGAAACCGACGAUACAUGCAUGGCCCGUUGUCCAAGCCUUUAUCGGGGCGAACAUGCUGCAGCGGGAGGAAGGACUGGAAAUAAUGGCGGGUGCAAUAUCUGAAGCUCUGACAUUGGGAAAACGAAUCCUUAAUUGA